UUUUAUAUUGCAGAAAUCACCCCACUGGUUCGUUCGUGCAUCUUUUUAUAACCCCAAAAUUAUAUUAAUAAAAUAAAAAAAUGUAAAUCACAGCCCAAAUAUGCUACCAAUUUCAGCUGAAAAAUGUGAAGAUGUUGAAUGAAUAAAUCAAACCCAUAGCCUCUCAUCCAGUCGCAGCCAAACAAAUCUUCAAUCGAGUUUGAUUGUAAGACGAAUCGGAGGGGUUAUUCUCCGGUAACUGCGUCAUCUUCAUCAUGUUGGAGGCUCCGAGUUAUCUUGUGUCAAGGGACUUACCAUCUUCAUGUGAGGAAGAGAGCAAAUGGAUAUACAACGCUCACUGCGUCCUUCAGCUCUCCUUGAAGAAGCGUUUGUUAGAUCAACAAGGAAGUUACAGCAGGAGCAAAAUGCUACGUCUUGAGAGUUCUAACCAAACUCAGCAAGAUGUUGGUGGUGGUGGUGGUGGUGAUCAACAGAGUCCACCAGUAACUACGCUUGACCAAAACGCUCUUCUCAACUGCUUAGCUCACUGUUCUUUAUCUGACUUCCGCUCCAUCGCCUCGACGAACAGAACCUUCCGCUCGCUCAUUAAGAACAGCGAGCUCUACAGGCUGAGACGAGCAAAGGGCAUCGUGGAGCAUUGGAUAUACUUCUCUUGCGUGCUCUUGGAAUGGGAAGCUUACGAUCCAAACGGAGACCGAUGGCUGCGUGUACCCAAAAUGACAGUGAACGAAUGUUUUAAGAGUUCGGACAAAGAGUCUCUCGCUGUCGGUACAGAGCUUCUUGUGUUCGGUAAAGAGAUUAUGUCCCUUGUGAUUUACAAGUACAGCAUCCUGACCAAUACAUGGACGUCAGGGAUGCAAAUGAACGCUCCUAGGUGCUUGUUUGGUUCAGCUAGUCUAGGUGAGAUCGCGGUUGUAGCUGGAGGAUGCGGCCCUCGUGGGCAGAUACUGAACUCUGCUGAGGUUUAUAACUCGGAGACCGGGGAAUGGACCGUGAUUCCAAGCAUGAACAAGGCGAGGAAGAUGUGCUCGAGCGUGUUCAUGGACGGGAACUUCUAUGUUCUUGGAGGUAUCGGAGAAGGGAACUCUAACAUGCUUAUGUGUGGUGAGGUCUAUGAUCUGAAGAAGAGGACAUGGACGUUGAUACCCAACAUGUUACCGGGAAGCAACGGUGGAGGAGGUGCAGCGGCGGUGUCAGGUGCACCACCGCUUCUAGCUGUUGUCAAGGACGAGCUAUAUGCUGCGAACUACGCGCAGCAAGAGGUGAGGAAGUACGACAAGAGGUGUAACGUGUGGAACAGAGUGGGGAGUUUGCCAGAGAGGGCUUCUUCGAUGAACGGUUGGGGAAUGGCGUUUAGGGCUUGUGGAGAUCAGCUAGUGGUGGUUGGAGGGCCUAGGGCACUUGGUGGAGGGUUCAUAGAGAUCAAUGCUUGUGUCCCAAGGGAAGGUGAGGCGCUGCAUUGGAGAGUUCUUGCAUCAAAGCGAUCAGAAAGCUUUGUGUAUAAUUGUGCGGUUAUGGGAUGUUGAUGAAAACUUUGAGAGCCCAUUUCAAAAGUUGUUGACUUCUUUAUUUAGGGGUUCUUACAUGUUAUUUUAAACACUUUGUUUUGUUUUCUUCAUUGUCUUUCUGGGGGUUAUUGUUGUUGAGGCAUAAUCUUGAACUGAACAAGUUUCAAUAAAAUUUGAAGAUAAUUUAAGAACAAA